CUGAGUUUGUGCUUUUCAGCAGUACUCUGAGCAAACCUGACAGUUGGUUGCUCAAGUCUGUUUAGUGUACAUCCAGUUUAACACACAUUAACCCAUCACUCACUGGUUAAAGAAAAGCCUACAAACUCUUUAAGGCUCAACAAGAAAGGCUAAUGUUUCUGAAGGCAGUAGGACACUUGACUUGUUUGCAGGUUUACCUUCUAACGAGAAAUAAUCACCAGAAAAUCCAUGGCGAGCCUCACUCUGUUUACAAGAAGAUAUAUGCAACAUCUACCUUCCCUCAUCCUUUUGAACCUGGCUGGGUUAUACUUUUCAGCAGCUCCUCCUCCAACAGCAGCUCCACUUUUCACUAAGCCAUUUGUGGUCAUAUGGAAUGCCCCCAUCUACAGAUGCAAUCAACUGCAGGUUCCCCUGGACUUGAAUGUGUUUCAGGCCGUCACCACACCUCAGCGUGUUCCUAACCAAGUCCUAACUCUCAUGUAUAAUAACAGAUUGGGGAUUUUUCCUUACACUGACCUCUACAAUUUCACACAGUACAAUGGUGGCAUUCCACAGAAGGGAAACCUAAAUGCCAGUCUGCAAAAUGCCAAAAAAGAGUUCAACCAGUACAUUCCAUCAUCCAUACCUGGCCUGGCUGUCCUGGACUGGGAGGAGUGGUUUCCUUUGUUUGACAGAAAUGCAGACUUAAGAGAGAUCUAUAAGGCGCUAUCCAUAAACUACACCCUUCAACAGAAUCCAUCCCUCACAAGCAAACAAGCUACAGUGAAAGCCAAAGAGCAAUUUGAGAAAGCUGCCAGAAGUUUCAUGGAGGAAACAUUGAAGUUAGGAAUCUCACACAGACCAAAUUUUCUCUGGGGCUUUUAUUUGUUUCCUGACUGCUACAACUACGAUUUUUUGAACCCAAACUACACAGGAAAAUGUCCAAAGAGUGCAAAUGUAUUAAAUGACAAACUACAAUGGCUGUGGCAGGCAAGUACAGCGUUCUUUCCAUCAGCAUACAUGCCUGUUUCUGUAAGUAAAACCCAGAAAGCAGCUCUGUUUGUCCGACAUAAGGUGCUAGAAGCAAUGAGAGUGGCACACUUGUCACAACGCCCCUACACUGCUCCCAUUUAUUUGUAUCUGCAACUCCUUUUGCGGGAUCAAAAUGACCUGUACAAGCACGAGGUUGACCUGAUUCGGAGUAUUGGUGAGAGUGCAGCCCUGGGAGCCGCUGGAUGUGUGCUGUGGGGCUCUAGCUAUUAUUUUAAAGACAAGGAAUCAUGUGAAUCCCUUUCUGGAUACUUGUCUAACACACUAAAUAAGUAUGUUGUCAAUGUUACAACUGCGGCUGAACUGUGCAGUGACCUGCUGUGUCAGGGUAAUGGGCGCUGUGUCCGUAAAAGCUAUGACUCAGACGACUAUCUACACCUCAACAUAAGCAGCUUUAAUAUACAGAAGAUUGAUGGGAUGUAUAAAGUCUUUGGGAAACCUUCCCUCACUGACCUCACCGCCUGGGCUGACAAGUUCACCUGUCAGUGCUAUGAGGACAAGAAAUGCACAGCUCGAUUUGAAUCUUUCUCCAGCUACAGUAAUGUUUAAAAAUGUAGUUUGACAGUGUUCUGCACUGCAAACUUUUGCUGUUUGAAUAUAACAUCUCUUCAUACUGUAUGAUUAAUAUAGGAUAACCUCUCAGAACAUUCUUUUCUACCAUUUAUGUAUAUUCACCCAGGUUUCUUAUUUCUUGGUGGUGUGUUGCUUGAACAAGUAAAAACUCUGAAACAGA